AUGACUUCUCUCGAAACUCCUAAGGUUGCGCUUAUUACAGGGACAAAUGGAAUCUCAGGAUCCGCCUUGUUGAGGCAACUUUCUAAGAAUCCGAUUUGGUCCCGUAUCAUUGCCCUUUCACGCUCGCCACCCUCCAAUCUCCCUUCCGAUCCCCGCAUCGAAUUCCAUUCUCUCGAUCUCACAGGUACUGCUGGUGAAAUUGCCGAGGCUUUGAGUGCCAAAGAACUUACAAAUGUUACGCAUUUCUUUCACUACGCCUACAUUCAUACCGACUAUGACCAUCCUAAUCACCUAGAAGAGAUGACAAAGAAUAAUGUACCUCUCUUCACCAAUACUCUCACUGCUAUCGAUCUCACUUCUCGUGAUACUUUGCAACGUGUGAUUCUUCAAACCGGAGGAAAAAACUACGGUUUACUUACAUCCCCACCCGCCUCAGAGCCCCUAACCGAAGAUGCUCACCGGGUGACCGAUCCUCGUUCCCUCCCCAACUUUUACUACCAUCAAGAGGAUUUUCUCUGGUCACUCUCUGAAGAUCGUUCUUGGGAUUGGAAUAUCACAAUGCCGUUCUGGAUAUCAGGAUAUGUAGGAAAAUCCGGAAACAGCUGGGUUACAUCCGCAGCCAUUUACUUUAGUCUCUGUCAAGCUCUCAACAAACCCGCGAUUUUCCCCGGUGGAGAAGAUGAGUACUAUGGGAAAUGGGACAAGGGACAACACUUCAGUACGAGUUGGGUGAUUGCAGAAUUCACAGAGUGGUUAGCGUUAAAUGAAGAGCCGACAGUGAAGAAUCAGAAGUUUAAUAUUGUGGAUGAUACGAUUACCACGUUCCGAGAUGUUUGGGAGGGAAUUGGAAGGUAUUUUGGGGUUGAGACCAAGGUGGAACGGAAGUAUGAUUUGAUGAGUGAAGUGAAAGAAAUGGAGAAAGAAUGGCCGAAAAUUGCAAAAAAUUAUGGAGUAAGAGAGGAUGCAUUUGGGAUUGUCACAUGGGAUGCGUUUGUUUAUGCGAUGAACGCUGGGGAGUGGGGAAGUAUUGUUAAUAUGGAUAAAGCAAGUAAAGCGGGGUGGACGAAGAAGGUUGAUACUAUUAAGGAGAUGGAGAAGAUAUUUGGGGAGAUGAAAACCGAUGGAUGGAUUCCGAAUGUCUGA